AUGGCUCUUGCUGCUGUGCAUUUUUUACUGAAGAUCCCAAGUGCUAUGUUCCUGCGGGCUCCCCUGAGAAGAUCUCUCCAACUUGGCAGCCGGUGCUACCCAGUUUACGCCUCUUUGAGUUACGAGGCCAUAAAACAACAGUACAGACCAGAGGUGCCAGAGUACUUCAACUUUGCAAGAGAUGUGCUGGACAGAUGGACUGGUGUGGAAAAGGAGGGAAAAAAGUCUAAAAACCCUGCAUUAUGGUGGGUAGAUGGUGCCGGAGAAGAGGUGAGGUGGAGCUUUGAGGAGCUGGGAGAGCUGUCCAGAAAAGUGGCAAAUGUACUCUCUGAUGCCUGCGGUCUGCAACAGGGAGACAGAGUUAUUCUGAUUCUGCCCCGGAUCCCAGAGUGGUGGCUGGUGAAUGUGGCUUGCAUGAGAACAGGAACUGUCCUGAUUCCUGGCACACAGCAGUUGACAGCGAAAGACAUUCUUCAUCGACUUCAGAAAUCCCAGGCAAAGUGUAUCAUCACUGAUGAUUCUGUGGCACCAGCUGUAGACUCAGUUGGGGCUGAAUGCCAGUCUCUGAAAUGCAAGUUGCUUGUGUCAGAGGGCCACAGAGAAGGAUGGCUGAACUUUAAAGAUCUCAUGAAAAAUGCUCCUUCUGAUCACCACUGUGUGACCACAAAGUGUCAGGAUCCAAUGGCUAUCUAUUUUACCAGUGGAACUACAGGAUCUCCAAAAAUGACUGAACAUUCCCACAGCAGCUAUGGUAUUGGCCUCACAGUAAGUGGAAGGUACUGGCUGGACUUGACGUCCUCAGAUAUAUUUUGGAAUACAUCAGACACGGGCUGGGCAAAGUCAGCUUGGAGCAGCAUUUUUUCACCAUGGAUUCAAGGGGCAUGUGUAUUUGUGCAUAAGAUGCCACACUUCAACCCACGCAUUGUCCUUGAGAGCCUGUCAAGAUUUCCCAUAACUGUCUUCUGUUCUCCUCCAACUGCCUAUCGAAUGUUUGUGCAACAUAAACUGUCCAGCUAUACAUUCAAAAGCCUGCGGCACUGCGUGAGUGCUGGGGAGCCAAUAAACCCUGAUGUGAUAGAGGAAUGGAAAGCGCAGACUGGGCUGGAUAUUCAUGAAGGCUAUGGACAGACAGAAACAGUGCUGAUCUGUGGAAAUUUUAAGGGAAUGAAAAUCAAACCUGGCUCUAUGGGAAAGCCAUCUCCAGGGUAUGAUGUCAAGAUUAUAGAUGAAAACAGUAAUAUUCUGCCUCCUGGAAAAGAAGGAGAUAUUGCCAUCAGAGUAAAACCUACGAGAUCGCCUUUUCUUUUUACUUGUUAUGCUGAUGAUCCACAGAAGACAGAGGCAACAAUACGUGGGGAUUUUUAUGUCACUGGAGAUAGGGGGAUUAUGGAUGAGGAUGGAUACUUCUGGUUUGUUGGAAGAGCUGAUGAUGUCAUUAAUUCUGCUGGGUACCGUAUUGGACCAUUUGAAGUAGAAAGUGCCCUGGUAGAGCAUCCUGCAGUGGUGGAAUCAGCAGUUGUCAGCAGUCCAGACCCCAUCAGAGGAGAGGUAGUGAAAGCCUUUGUUGUUUUAACAUCUGACUAUGCUUCGCAUGACCCAGAAAAAAUGAUGAAAGAGCUACAAGACCAUGUUAAGAAAGUUACUGCUCCAUACAAGUAUCCAAGGAAGAUGGAGUUUGUUCAACAGUUGCCAAAAACUAUUAGUGGGAAGAUCAGAAGAAAUGAACUGCGCCAGAAGGAGUGGAGAAAAGAUUAG